ACAAACAAAACGUUGUUCAAGCAUCUCUCUAAUGAGUGCACAUCCCGUGCGGACUAUGAAACAUGGAUAUUGAAAUUGCUGCCUUGAGAAACAAUAUUGUCUUCGCCAAGAUGGACUCAAGAGAUUGCUCAAGACACGAUUAUCAAUACCAGCUCUUCACUGUGGAUAGAUCAUCUGAAUUCUAGUAGUUGGCUCAUGCCAUUUACCAUUGUAAUAAAAAAAAAUCAAAUCUCUGACUAGGUUUUUUUUUACUCUAUGGGCGCAACUUGGAAGGUCAAAAAGAGCGAGUUAAAAAAAAAACGCAGGAUUUUGUGUUUAGAUUUGUAUGCUUUACUUUAUUGCUUUAUUAAUGUUCUAGAACUUUGCAACUUUGGUAAGUUGGAGUCAAACGAAAAGUUUUUGAAGGAGGAUACUGUAGUUUACAUAAUAUGUAUAAACAGUAUAUUUUUCUUGCACUAUAUGGUGGAGAUGAUUCGCCGCAGCCCGACGCGCAUCGGCCUGAAGCUGGAGGACAUGCCGGAGUACGAGCGGUACCGCCGCGAGCUGGAUGAGGUGAUGAAGGCGAGGGAGGCCCGCAGGCCGGAGGAGGCCCCGGGCGACCCCUGGUCUCCGCUCGUGGUCCCGGCGGGCAGGGCCAAGCCGGAGGCCGUCCACGAGCGCAUCGGCUACGUCCCGCAGCCGCGCACCGUCACCUGAACUGCUCUUACCCUGCUGCGUCGCCAUCGACCGUACAGACGGUUCUCGUCGUCUUUCUGGCUCGUUCUUGAAGGCGGAUUAAAAAAAUGCUCAUUUGAUAAGUUUUUUAUACUCGUGUGUUCCUUUUUUUUGUAUUUUUCUUAUCAAUCUAUAAAAAAAUUUGUAUCAAUUCCUUAAAUUUUUCUCUCCCUGUUUUUAAAAGAGUGGUCAUGAAUGAUAUUUUUGUUAAAAAUCUUGUUAAUUUCUUUGAAUGUUUCAUAAUAAUUAAAGGAUCUUUUUUUAUGUGUGUAAGGCUUUGACCUAUUUAAUAAAGAAUAAAAAAACA